AUGGUGGCCAAGGAGCGACUGGGUUCUAAAUUUAAAUCUUUAAUUUCCUCGGAACAGAGGAGAGAGGAGGAGCGAGAGAUAGAGAUCGAGGAAUCUCAGAUUCAGAUACCCUUUCGAUUUGUUUUCUUGGCGAUGGAUGAUUGUGAAAAGAGAAAUCAGGAGACGGAGAGGUUUCACCUUUUUGACCUUUCAUCAGAGGAUGAUUGCCUGAUGGCUUCUCCUUCGGGAAGGACACUGAAUCUGCGAACUUCCAGGUCCACAGAAAAUCAGAAGGAGAUUGAUGGCUUUGGGCUGUCUGAUGCUAGAAAUGCCCAGGAUGGGGACAAAACAGCUGAUUUGAUUAGGCAAAAGGAACUGAUACCUGCAUUAUCUGAAUCCACAGAACCUGAAAGAACAAGAAACGUUAGCAACUGUAAUUUGCGCAAAAGUUUAGCCUGGGAUAGUGCUUUCUUCACUAGUGCUGGUGUUCUCGAUCCUGAAGAGUUGUCUUUCAUAACUAAAGGAUUCAGUAAAGCAGAAGCACCCUUAUUACCUGCAAUUCAAGAAGAUCUACGGAGAUCUGCUGAGUCCAACUCUACAUUUGAUAGUGAUUCUUUGACAUUGGAAAGCAUUGAGAUUGAUUUGUUUGAAGAUAUAAGAGCUUCAAUUCAGAAGUCCGGUAAAUCUUCCAAUGUUUCAUCUUCUAGGAGCAACAAAGGACCAGUAGAACGAGGAACCCAAAGUCUUCGGUCUUCUAAGAGGAUCGAACUUCCUUCUCAAAAUAUGUCGAAGCCUGUAGCUGCUUCCAAGAGGCAAAGCAUUGGCAUGCAAAACUUGGAGAAAACCACAAAGAAGGCCUCUCAACGUUCACAUGUUGUACAGCUUGCUUCUAGAAGUGGGGAGCAGAAUUCAUCUCUCAAGCCACCCAAGAUACUAGGCAGGGCUGUUCCCCUCUCAGCUGCUCCAAUGAAAAGGACUUCUUUGGGUGCUAGCCGUAUCAAAGUAGAACAUAACACCACAAAAGCUGUGUCUGGUAAGGGAGACCCUGUUGUGCGGUCCAAGAAACCUGGUUUGGGUGAUUCUGGCAGUUUUACCCCUAGGUCUUCACCUUCCUCAAAAUCUUCCUCUUCGGGUUCUUCUCCUUCUUUUUCCUCGGUCAACAGAUCUGGAGGCAUUUCAUCUGACUGUAGGGGUAAAUCUCCUGCAAACUGCUCGAGAAACAAGACCAGUUCCAAAACUGUUAAUCCAGCUUCCUCUGGUUCAACUCAUGUGGACCCAGUGAGAAUCUCAUCAAGAACUAAAAUUGAUUCUGGCAAUUCUCAUCUCUCUGCAUACUUAGUGUCUAUGUCCAAGAAUUAUUCAAGCCUAUCACCAGCUAGCUCUAUCGAUGGCUGGUCUUCAGAAUCAUCUUCAUCUACUUCUGUCAACCAAAGGUCUAAUAAUUCGAAAACUAGUAGUUCACCUCGCAGUGGGUUUUCCAUAGACAAUGAUGCUCCUCAAUCAUUGGAUCUGCAGACUCAUCCACAUAAUCAGGCCAGUUUUAGUUAUGGAAGCAAUGGAAUGGAGUUGCCGAGUCAAUGUGACGUGAAAUCAUCUGUUGGCACUGGUGCACUUUCUCAUUUAGCUGCUACAAAUGUUUCUAGGAGCAUUAAACCUUCAGGUCUUCGAAUGCCAUCACCAAAGAUUGGAUUUUUUGAUGCGGAGAAAACUGCACUGCGCUCUCCCAGGGGAGGUUUGCAAGGAGCACGAAAUUGUUCACCUAAAGAUGGACCUGUUAUCAGUUGCCUGAAUCGGGGUGCCAUUAAAACCAAACCUGGUAGGACCCUACUUGCAAGAACUGUAACAGGAACUGGGAAGAUGAAAUCUGAAUCUGUGCACACUGGAGCAAUGUGUCCUACAUCAAGUUUAAAGCUUAAUUUUGAAGAACUCUAUGAACAAGCAAAUGCUUCACCAGAGGUACCUUACUCAACAAAGAAAGUAGAAAACUUGCAUUAUAAACUCUCAGAGGUUCAUAAAUCUCCAAGAAGUGCCACAUAUGACCACGUAAAGACUUGUGGUACUGGUUCUGUUCCAAAUUCAGAAGUGAAUGGUGGUCUAGAUGCAUUAAAGAAUAGUAUAGUGGCAGAAAGUGCGGUUCAGGUCUCUUUAAAAGAAGAUGGGUCUUGUAUUUCCAUUGGAAAGGAGAACUUUUUCAGGAUUGAAGAUCAGGCUGAUAGUCUUAGCAAAACUUUUGGAUUUAUAGAUAUCUCAACACGGAUGGGCUGAAUGUGAUUAUGGAGAAGAAGUCCUCUCUGUCAGUUUGAUAUCAACAAUCCAGAUUUUAGUUUUACCCUCAGGGAACUUCCUAGCUCAAGGAAUCCUUUCACUCUGUAGAACUCCUGCAGUAGCAGUUAUCUGUGUUCAUAUGCAGCAGAACAUUCAGCCAUGCUGGUGGUGGUUGAGAAGGCAUGCUGAAAGAGAACAACUGAAUUAAUAUUUGUUCAUUAACUUGCAACUAGUUGGUAUUCGUGGUGGCUUUUGAACUUGGAUGUUCGUAGUAGCUGCUGUAUUCGCAAACCCCAGUGACAAUCUUGAAUAUAAAUUUAUGGAAUGUCUGAUUCAAAACUA